CUCAACACAUCAACAUAGAGUGGGAGCAAUGGAGGAAAAGUUGUACGAUAGCCAUUUCAAGCCGCUGCUGCUGCGAUACUCCUGGACGAGAUUGACUGACAAAGUCAAAAGCAUUACCCAACGGGCUGGUGACUCGUCCACGUAUCACAAGAUUCUCAUUGGCGUGGCCACGCUAUUGUUUCUUUCACUUUUUACACAAGUGCCUUUUCUACCACACUUCCGCACAGCCAGCCCCAAGGUGGUGAUAAUCCUCGCCGCCAACGAGGGCGGUGGAGUGUUGAAGUGGAAGGGCCCCCAAGAUUGGUCCAUCGAGCGGUCUUCCAUUGCCAACAAGAAAAACUAUGCUAAACAGCAUGGAUACGCCCUUACUAUCAAGGAUAUGACGGUGAAAAAACGGUACUCACAUGAAUGGCGUGAGAGUUGGGAGAAGGUGGACCUCAUGAAGCAAACCAUGCGGCAGUUCCCUGAAGCUGAGUGGUUCUGGUGGUUGGAUUUGCAUACGUUUAUCAUGGAGCCGGGUUUAUCUUUGGAAGACCACUUCCUCAACGAUCUCGACAACGCCACCUACCGGACGCUCGAUCACUUCAACCCCUUGGCGCUUCCCGAAGACUUGCCAUACGUGGACUAUACUAAGCAGAUCGACUUGAUUGUCACUCAGGAUUGUGGAGGAUUCAAUCUUGGGUCUUUCUUGAUGCGCCGGUCGUCGUGGUCCGAGAUGUUGUUGGAUGCGUGGUGGGACCCGGCCUUGUAUGAGCAGAUGCACAUGGAGUGGGAACACAAAGAACAGGACGCUUUGGAAACCCUAUACUCCACAUCACCAUGGGUUAGAGAAAGAACCGCUUUUUUGCCGUUAAGGAAAAUCAAUGCUUUCCCUCCAGGAGCUUGUUCUGACAAUGCGGACGAUCCUCAGUAUUUCUAUCGGCACCAUGAUUUUGUAAUUAACAUGGCUGGAUGUGAAUACGGAAGAGACUGCUGGGGCGAAAUGGAGCAUUAUAAGUCUUUGUCCAAACGUUUGACUAGACCAUGGUGGCACUUUUGGUAGCUAACUAACCUCUAUAAAAUGCACUGUACUAUUAAUCAGUUUUUGAUCUACUAUCAAUUCACUCUCACUACUAAGCUUCAGAGCCUUCUUCCGCACCAGCUUUUUCGCGCUCGCGGUUUCCAACUUUCUCAAAAUAAAAUAACAUACCAGU